AUGGCUUCCGUACCAAAAAAUCAAGGUGAGCAGUCAAAGGACAGUAUGAGUUCGCACGUCGGAUUGCCAGCGUUGCAUAUCUCUUCUGCUUUUCCACAGGCAACGCCAGCUUCAGUUUUCCCUCAACCGGUAUCAGACUACUAUCAGUUUGAUGAUCUGUUAAGUUCUGAGGAGAAGGCUCUGAGGAAAAGAGUUCGAGACGUCAUGGAGAAAGAUAUCGCUCCCAUUAUGACAGAGUACUGGGAGAAGGCAGAGUUCCCUUUUCAGGCCAUUCCUAAGCUCGCUACCCUCCGUGUUUCUGGUGGGACAAUAAAGGGUUAUGGGUGUCCAGGCCACUCUAUUAUCGGAAGUGCUAUCGCUAUUGCUGAAAUAGCCAGGGUUGAUGCAAGCUGCUCUACUUUUAUUUUGACGCACUCUUCUGCGGCAAUGCUUACAAUUGCAUUAUGUGGAUCUGAGGAACAAAAGCAGAAAUACUUGCCAUCAUUAGCUCAACUACGUACAGUUUCUUGUUUGGCUUUAACCGAACCGGAUUAUGGAAGUGAUGCCAGUUCUUUGAGGACGACUGCAACGAAGGUAGCUGGAGGCUGGUUGUUAGAUGGCCAAAAACGUUGGAUAGGAAACGGCACUUUUGCUGAUGUACUGAUAGUUUUUGCUCGCAACGCAAGUACAAACCAGAUAAAUGGGUUCAUUGUGAAGAAGGGUAGCCCUGGUUUGAAGGCAACAAAGAUUAUGAACAAAAUUGGAUUGAGGAUUGUUCAGAAUGGGGAUAUUAUCAUGAGCAAAGUGUUCGUCCCAGAGGAAGACAGGCUUCCUGGUGUCAAUUCGUUCCAAGAUGUAAACAAGUCGCUUGCUGUCACGCGUGUUAUCGUUGCAUGGCAACCCAUUGGCAUCGCAAUGGGGGUAUUUGACAUCUGCCACCGGUAUUUGAAAGAGAGAAAGCAAUUUGGAGCUCCAUUAGCUGCAUUCCAGCUUAACCAAGAAAAACUUGUUCGUAUGCUUGGAAAUAUUCAAGCGAUGCUUCUCGUUGGUUGGCGCCUGUGCAGGUUGUAUGAAUCUGGAAAAAUGACCCCUGGUCACGCUAGCUUGGCAAAGGCAUGGAUAUCGUUGCGAGCAAGGGAGACAGUUGCUCUCGGUAGAGAAUUAAUGGGUGGAAACGGAAUCCUGUCAGACUUUUUAGUGGCGAAGGCUUUCUGCGAUUUGGAGCCGAUAUAUACAUACGAGGGAACUUAUGAGAUCAACAGUUUGGUGACUGCGAGAGAAAUCACUGGGAUUGCUAGCUUCAAACCUGCUGUGCUCAGUAAAGCGAGUCGACUUUAAUCUUGCUGGUGGGCUUGAAAACAGACCAUCAUUGUCCUAAAUCAUACUUGACUCCGUUGGAAUAAAUUAAAAGUGGCAGAUUACGUUCUGCUACAAGUUGUAACAUUAACUUUUCUCUUUAUUUAUUACAUAUUUUCUGUAGAAGUA